AUGAACGAACAUAGAAAACGUAAGAGGUUAAAGGAGCCCUGUGGAUCUCUGGUCACGGUGGGAAGAGUCGCAAUUCAAAACAGUGUAAAGUACGUGUCGAGGGACGGUUUCUGCUACGCGUCGGAACGAGACAGAACGAGAGACUCGGAUGAACCAGACAGAUCAGAGCGAGAGGUCCUUGAAACCGAGGAGAGCGAGCGAGCGAACAGAUGGGACGAGCAAGUGAAAGAUUCUCGGGACGAGAUUGGUGUGAGUAAGAAAGCGGGACUGAGUGAAAAGAGAGCUACGGUUCUCGAGAGAGGGAGCAAGAUGGCGGCCGUGAGCGAGGAGGAUGCUCGUCGGAGAGAGGAAGAAGGAAAAAGUAAACAACGAGCUCGAGCGAGAAACCGUACGAACGGAAUAAGGAGGACGAAGACGAGGAGAGACGACAGCGCUCGAGACGUGGAGAAAGAGGGACAGAGGAAGAUUGCGGAGGAACGAAUCGGCGAGAAGCAGCACGGUGUGCCUUGGAAAUGUCAGUUUGCCGAUGUUCCGACAAAGUGUUACACAUUGCGUGGCGUUUCGUUUAACAACAAUGGAAAUGAGCCUGAACUCAUCGUUCCAAGGGGUUUAACCUCUUGCGCUGGAAUGACGUGCCACGAGGUUAAAUCCAUAUAUAUUAAUUGCGAAGAGGCAGAAUGA